AUGGUUAGAAUUAGGGGAGGAUCUACUAGUGCCGGACGGUCUUUUAGGCUUAGGGAUGAAGACAUUGAAAUUGUUGAUCCACCUCCUGUGGCACCUAAAAAGAAGAAAAUGACCCGUGGUGGCAAAGUAAAGCAGACUGCCCAAAGAAAAUUAGUUACUCCAACUGCUGAAUCAUCUGAUGAACAAAUGGAAGGGCAGAUCUCUGAAGGGAACAUUGCUGGUGAAAAUGAGGAACCAGAGCAGGCUACCCAAGGUGAUGAAACUGUCACAAGGUCUUCUAGUAAAAGAAAAAGGACUGCAAAGGGGAAGAGAACUCCCCAAUCCAAGAAAAAGCAAUCUGCUGAUCCCUCUGUUGAUCAGCAGAAUGAAGAAAACACUACUGAGAGUCAGCCAACACCUGAACCCUCCAUUAGGAAGUCUCCAAGGACAAGGACUGAGACUCAAAAUGUUGGUGCAUCUGCCACUCAAACCUCAAAAGGGACACGUUCUGGGAAGAAUCCAGUAUCUCAGCCUGUACCUGAACCCGUUCCUCUACCAAAGUUCAUCGAUGAUGAAGCCAGAGACAGAUUUGACACUGAUAGUCGUAGGAAGCUUUCCUAUGGCAGAUUUCUGACCCCUAUUUUUGCUCAUUUUGAAAUACCCUUUUCUGGCAAAUCUCCAAAAGACAGUGUUUCAUCAGUUUUCUCAAAAGCUUAUUUUGAAAGAAAGAACCUAAAAUUUUUUGAUGGUCAUUGGUGCUACAAGGAGACUGUGGCCGAGUCUAGAAGAAAAAACUUGCAUGAAACCCCUGUCACUCCUAGAACUCCCCAUGAUCAGUCAGGCUAUGUUUCUCCUUUCACCAUGCAUCCUAGAAAGUCUGCCAAUGGUCUCAUGAUGACCAUGACCUCUGCCCAACAAUCCUCUUUCCUUGAAAAAAGGAAUCUUCUUGUGCCCCCUAUACCUGAGACAAAUGAGACUGCUCAUCAGAAAGAACCAAGAUCUGAGCCCACAGGGCCAACUACUGGUAAUGAGACCACACCAGCUUCCAGCUCUCAGCCCAAGGAUAAAGACAAGGCUCCAGUAACUGAAGAAGCAUAUGAAGAUGAUGAUGAAGAAACUGAGGAAGAAGAGGACCCUGAACAAUAUCGUCUGACCAGGAGGAGGCCUGGAUCAUCUAAAAUCACCAUCUAG